AUGUCGACGCCCAGCGACGCCGCACUGCUCCGCCAGACGCAGCAGCAGUUGGAGACCGCAGCGGCCGCGAAAUCAGCGAACGCAGCGGCCGGGAAAUUGCUGGACGAGAAGCUGCGCGUCGCCCUGAAGAACGUUCCGCGCCGGCCGCACGGGUCGCUCGAGCGCCUCAAAGAGGAGAUGGACACGAAAGAGUGGCACCGCAACACGACGUCAAUGUCUGCGGCCGACGAGCGCGUGGUGUUGCGCGAGCUGCAGCAACUCCAGGACAAAGUUGCGCAACAUACUGCAUUUGACUCGUUCCAAGCCCAGAUCGACGCCCUGCGCGUCGCGCGCCAGGAGCGCUUCGAGCAACAUAAGACACUGACCGCUGAAUUGCACGAGCUGCAGCAGCAACAGCGCCAGCUCCAGUUGGCAGCCCAUCUCCACAUGUCCGUUGCCGACUUUGUGACGAUCCAAGUGCCGAUCCCGGAGGACAGAAUGGGCUCAAUCAUUGGCAAACAGUUUGCCCGGGUGCAUCAGCUCGAAAAAGAGUGCAGUGCUAUGCUCGAGGUGGACAGUAAGCAGAACAUGGUCACGAUCACUAGUGCUUUGGAACAGGUGGAGACGGCGAAGAAGGCGAUCGAGGACAUUACGCUGGCUACAAGUCACGCCAUUGGCUUGCACCCUGAUACAGUGAAAGUGCUGAUGUCUCAACGAGCCAAGCUCCUACGUGAGCUCGAAAAGUCGCACAAAGUGAAGAUUGACGUUAGCAAGGCCGACGGCAUCUUGACGGUCGUGGUCUCGCCGGACAAGGUCAAGCUAUUGAAAAAGGCAAUUGACGGUCUCACGGCUGGCAAAGUGGACAUUUUGCUGCCAUCGGAAAUUGUGCCAAAGCUCAUCGGCAAGAAGGGCGAGGCGAUUAACAAGUUGAUGCAGGAUACAGGCGCUCUAGUAGAUAUUGAUAAGGUCACCAACAACGUCCGACUCGUUGGUACGAAGGAGGGUGUUGCUGGUGCUGAAACGUACAUCCAGGAGCUCAUCAGCAAAGAGUCUCAGCGGGAGAAGAACUACACGCCUGAGAAUAGCGACAUGUUCAAGGGGUCAGAGUCUGCACCGCAUAAGUUUGAGUUUUUUGCCGAGUUCUUGAUGGCCAACAAGGCAAAGCAAUUGCGUUUGCUGCGCGCAAAGGCUUUUGAAGCGCGUGUUAAGGUGCUCAAAAAGGAGCGUCAGAUUCAGGUAGCGGGCAACAGCAAGCAGCUCGAUGCCAUGGAAGAUGCGAUUCGUGAACGCUUCAAAUAUUUUGAGCUGCACCACUGGAUGUGUGAAGUCGCAGACAACCAUUUGCUGAGCCUCAUCAUUGGCAAGAAGGGAAGCAAGAUUAAAGAGAUCGAAAGAGAAGGCAAGGAGAGCAGCGUUCGCAUUGAUAUUCAGGACACGUUCGUGUGCGUAUUUGGCGACGAUGCAGAGGCCAUUAACAGCGCUAGAGCGAAGAUUAUGGAGAUUGUCGAGAGUAAUCAGCGCUCGGUUUUCCUAACGUCGCGCGGUUUGAUUUCUGUUUUAAUGGCAUCCAAGCGUGAAAAGCUGACUAAUCUUGAACACAGCAGUGGGUGCAAGCUGCACUUGCCUCCGCUAGCACGUGAUGCGGCAGCUCGGAGCAGCGCAAGCGAGUCAAAUCAAGUUAAAAUCUCGCUUACUGGUACGCUGGAUGCUAUUCGAAAGGCGAAGAAAGAGCUGGAACAAUUAAACGAGGCACAUCAUGUCCGAUACCUUCCGCUGGAUAACGAUGAGGUUCCGAUUGUGAUCGGUAAGAACGGUGAAACUGUGGCCGAUCUUGAAACCAAAAGUGGAUCCAAAGUCCGCGUGCUACGAGGAACCAGCGGCCAGUCCUCUGAGUUAGAAAUGACUGGCACGCAAGAACAGCUCAACAUUGGAGACCGGAUCAAGGCAAUGCGCCUUGCUCACCCAGAGGCUACUUUGGAUGCGUUUCCGAACCGCGGGCAAGUCCGUGUUAAGGCAUCAACUUCCGAAGCUCUCCAGACUUGUGUUGACGAUGUGCUAAAGACGCUGCAAGAAACUCAUGUGGUUGAGAGUGUCCAUGUCUCGCAGCAGGAGCAGCAAACUGCGAGAGGACUGCCGCCUGGAUCUGCAGUGCCAGUUUUACCCAACUUUGGUACUCUUCUAGAGAAGAAUGAGUCCAUUGCAAUACGGUUGCGGGAGUUGGAGGCUGAAGGCGGGGAAGGCAUGCGAGUGUCUAUCGAGAAUGAAGGCAAGGUGGCUAAGAUUCGUGGCCCGGCAAUAGGAAUCGGCAAGAUCAGAAACUUCCUGGAAAUGUUGGUGUCACCGGACUCACACUUCGUAGAAACCAUCCCGCUGCCUUUGAUCGCAUUCGCCAGUGCUUUGGAGGUCAAGGGCAGUGCUGGUAAGCUUAAUGAGAACGCCUUGCAGAUCUGCACGCAAACUGGAUGUGAACUCCACAUUACGCGUUCGUCUGCAGCUGGUCCUUCUGAAGAAGGCGCUAUACGUAUUGAAGGCACGAACGCCUCCAACGUUUACAAGGCGAAGGCUGAGGUCGAGAAAUUGCUUCAGUUUUACUACACAGACUGUUUCCAGACGCUGGACGAUCUCCCCAGCUUCAUUGCGACCCGAAUUUAUGAGCUGCUGCCUUUUCUGCGCGUCAAGUACAAUGUCGUGUUUUCUCUACCUACCAAAACAAGCCUCAAGGUCUUUACAGACUCGAAGGUGCAUGCUCAGGAGAUCAGAGAACAGCUAGAGAAGGAUGUCGAAGCUUGGAAGAAGCAGCUCGUCGAACUGCCUAUUGCUACUUGGCUCGUACCGAUCUUGGUCGGCCGAAAUGGCGAAACUAUCAAAAAGAUUGGCACGGAUAGCAACGCUCGGCUGGAUUUGAAUGCGCCGCCGCCAUCUGGAUCGCGUUGCAAGGGUCGUGUCCUCACGAUCAGUGCGAGGGACAGUGCAGCUGCCAAGACUGCACUCGAAAAGGUAAAGGAGAUCCUCAUUCAUCAUGAAAAUCUAUCUUCGGUCGUGAACGUCGGCAAGGCCAAGCUGGACGUGGCUUUAUCUGUCAAAAAGGAAGCUGCAAAGGGGGUGCAGUUUCACGUUAUUGACGGCAAGGAGGAGGGUGAUUUGCAGGUUGUGAUCUAUAGCGACGAUCACAACGAGCGCGAGCGUAUUGUGGAAAUGAUGGAGCAUCUCCUUGACCAGUAUGUGGUGGUGACGAUCACUUUACCCACCUCCGUCUCGCCUUCUUCUGCAAGUUCCAUGAUUGGAUCUUUGAUUGGAAAGAGUGGUGCGAAUAUCCGUGCGCUACAGAAGCAGUUUACCAACGUGACGAUCGACAUACGUCGUGACAAGAACUCUGUUACGCUCAAGGGUCCUACAGACGAAGUCCAAAAAGUUCGAACGAUCAUGGACGACAAGAUUCAGGAACUGCUGCGCAAUGAGCACGAGUUUCAGCUGCGUCGUAAUGGUCGCUGCCAGAAGGAAUCGGAGAAUCAGGAGGAGGACGAGAAAGAUACGGGCAUUGCGCACGACUCGAAAGCUAGCGACGACCCAACGCAGUCACAGUCGCUGCCGCAACAACCCCAGCUUGCUAAAAACGUAGGCCCCGUAGCUGGCACCCCUGGUACGGGAGAUACCAAGCUCACGAAAAACCAGCGCCGCCGCAUGCGAAAACGCGCUGAGAACGAGAAGCAGAAUGCGCUGUCCGCGGUGCUUGGAACUUGUGAUGCAGCUGCAGCAGUGUGA